UAUUUGUCGAUUGCACUGUCGAUUGUGCUAUUCACUAACUUAUGUUAACUAACACUGAACAGCUGUUUUCUUCUAUUUAUUCAAACUGAUAGAGAGUGGCAUCUUUGUCAAAUUAAAUGUCAGAAUGAGCGAAUAACAUGAAGAAGAGAAACAAAAAAACAUAGACGCCAAACUGUUAAAUGCAAUUGUGAGUGUUUUUUAACAAUAAUAUAUGUACAAAGAUGACAUCGACAGCUACCAAAAGAAGCCGUGCCACAUCCGAGCAGCUAAAUCGCCUGCUUGACUACCUAAUGGAAGUCCCGGGUCUAGCAGGAUCUAGGUUCCACAGCCUCCAUGGUAAGUACGAGUGCGACAAAAAGUGGAGCGAGCUAGCAGCAAAAUUAAAUAGUCUGGGUGGAGCAGUGAAGACGGUGAAUCAAUGGCAAACGGUAUGGCGGGACUUAAAAAGCCGCACCAGCAUUAAAGCACGGAAUCGGCGAAGGCAACAAGCUUUAACUGGGAACAGGCCAAUCUGCGAGGAGCCCCUAACGGAAUUCGAGAGGCGGGUGUCUGCUCUUAUAGGGGAGGAGUAUAUGAAGGGCCACGAUUCAACCCCUGAAAAUAUUCCACUGGAGGAGGUAAAUUGCAUGAAGUGUAUGUUUUAA